GGGUCGAGUCGGGGCCGGGGGGCGCCGCGCCGCUGUCACCCGUGGGAGCCGCCGCCGCCGCCGCCGCCGCCGCGCGAGGGUCCGGGAUCCCGGUCUGCGGGCCGGGGCCAUGUUCCGCACGGCGGUGAUGAUGGCGGCCAGCCUGGCGCUGACGGGGGCCGUGGUGGCCCACGCCUACUACCUCAAGCACCAGUUCUACCCGACGGUGGUGUACCUCACCAAGUCUAGCCCCAGCAUGGCCGUCCUCUACAUCCAGGCCUUCGUCCUCGUCUUCCUCCUGGGCAAGGUGAUGGGCAAGGUGUUCUUCGGGCAGCUGCGGGCCGCCGAGAUGGAGCACCUCCUGGAGCGCUCCUGGUACGCCGUCACCGAGACCUGCCUGGCCUUCACCGUCUUCCGGGACGAUUUCAGCCCCCGCUUCGUCGCCCUCUUCACCCUCCUCCUCUUCCUCAAGUGCUUCCACUGGCUGGCCGAGGACCGGGUGGACUUCAUGGAGCGUAGCCCCAACAUCUCGUGGCUCUUCCACUGCCGCAUAGUCUCUCUCGUGGUCCUCCUCGGGGUGCUGGACUUCCUGUUCGUCAGUCACGCCUACCACAGCAUCCUGACCCGCGGGGCCUCCGUGCAGCUCGUCUUCGGCUUCGAGUACGCCAUCCUGAUGACCAUGGUCCUCACCGUCUUCAUCAAGUACGUGCUGCACUCCAUCGACCUCCAGAGCGAGAACCCGUGGGACAACAAAGCCGUGUACAUGCUGUACACGGAGCUCUUCACAGGCUUUAUCAAGGUCCUGCUCUACAUGGCCUUCAUGACCAUCAUGAUCAAGGUGCACACGUUUCCCCUCUUUGCCAUCCGGCCCAUGUACCUGGCCAUGAGGCAGUUCAAGAAAGCGGUCACGGACGCCAUCAUGUCCCGCCGGGCCAUCCGCAAUAUGAACACCCUGUACCCGGACGCCACCCCCGAGGAGCUCCAGGCCACGGACAACGUGUGUAUCAUCUGCCGGGAGGAGAUGGUGGCCGGAGCCAAGCGGCUGCCCUGCAACCACAUCUUCCACACCAGCUGCCUGCGCUCCUGGUUCCAGCGGCAGCAGACGUGCCCCACCUGCCGCAUGGACGUCCUGCGGGCGUCGCUCCCGGCCCAGUCGCAGCCGCCCCCCGAGCCCCCGGAGCCGGGGCCCCAGGCUCCCCCGCAGCCCCCGCUGCUGCCUCAGCCCCCCAACUUCCCCCAAGGCCUCCUGCCUCCCUUUCCUCCGGGCAUGUUCCCCCUGUGGCCUCCCAUGGGCCCCUUCCCCCCGGCGCCGCCCCCCAGCGGCGCCGCCGACGCCGCCGCCCCCUCCGCCGCGGGUGAGCCGGACCGGGGGGGCGGGGGGCGGCCUCUGGAGGGGCGGGGAGGGGGGCCCGCGACCGCCCCACGAGGCGGCGGCACGGCCGCCCCCGACCAGCCCCCCGCGCCGCCGGGCUUCCCCUUCCCCCCGCCCUGGAUGAGCGUCCCGCUGCCCCCGCCCUUCGGGUUCCCCCCGAUGCCCGUGCCCCCGGCGGGCUUCGCGGGGCUGACGGCCGAGGAGCUGCGGGCCCUGGAGGGCCACGAGCGCCAGCACCUGGAGGCCCGGCUGCAGAGCCUGCGCAACAUCCACACCCUGCUGGACGCCGCCAUGCUGCAGAUCAACCAGUACCUCACCGUGCUCGCCUCCCUCGGGCCCCCCCGGCCCCCGGCCCCACCCGGCCCCACGGCGGCCACGGUCGCCUCCGCCUCCUCCAGCGUGCCCAGCUCUGAGGCGGCCACCCCCUCCGCCGGGUCCGAGCCCCCGCCCUCCGAGCCGGCCCGGACCACGCCCCCGCCACCCGCGUCGGAGGGGCCGGGCGCGGAGGCGGCGACGGAAGACGGAGAGCCCGACACGGAGGAGCUCCGCCGCCGGCGGCUGCAGAAACUGGGGUCUCCCGUCUCCCACUGACCCGGCCUCUCCCCUGGGCCCCCUCUACCUCCCGCCCCCGCGGCGGCCCGCCGGCUCC